UCCCUGCCACAACAGCAAAAAACCUAAUGCCUGUGAAAGCUGUGAACGGAGAUAAACGGUUGAACAGUCAAAAUAUUUUCAGAUUUCAGCCUAGUUAUGCACUUCAAACUAUUGCUGGCUAAGCUUAUCUUGACUUUUCAAGCUGAUCGACUAGUGCUUCCAUCUAGUUUGUUAUGUAGAAGUUCCAAACUACGGUAUCUGACCAAACAGAUAUGACAUGCAUUCACAUGUGGGACAUUAAACUACGAGCUAUACUUUGACUGGCAUAUGAAUAACCUAUAAACCGGUGAAGACUUUUCUAAAUUAUAAGUGAACUAAUCAGAACAACAUAUAAACCAUCAUCCUUUACUCAAUUUCAGAGAAACCUUCAAUAGAAACGUGGGAGCGAACUAAUCAAAAAUAUUAUAUGCAUUGUGAUUUUCAACUCUCAAUACUAAACAAUACAAAUGGGUGACAAGAUUUAUCCAAAAUAUAAGCAACUCUGGUAUCACUUUCUUUCACUCUCAGACACUUGUCAAUACAAAGGACUAAACAAACUAUAUUUCUGUUUCUUAAUAAGCACUGCGUUUUCCAACUUUGAACACUUAAACAAUACAAAAUUCAGGUAGAAGUAUCCCAUUCAACGCUGAUCUCACCCACGAAAUAGUUUAUUUUUCUCAAACACACCUAAGUGUGCGCCGCUGUCACCCAUGAAAUAGUUAAUCAACAAUUAUACAAAUCAACUGUAAAUAGUAGCUCAUACAUAAGCACCAGUCUGAGGAUCCAUGGUCUAUCAAGCCUAGGGUACACAAUCAGAUAGCAACGAAGGAAAAUGGGAUAGCGUUGCCUAAGUUGGCAAGUUAGAAAGACAGCGCCGCAGGAAGUAACCACCAAGUUUCCAACCAUGAAAGAAGCAUUCAUCCUCCUGAUUCUCAUCGCCUUCAAAGUGGCGGCGCUAUCUGCAACCACUUCUGGGAUCUCCAUAGCGUUGCCGGGGUGCCCUGACAAGUGUGGCAACGUGUCAAUCCCAUACCCUUUUGGCAUCGGCAAUGGCUGCGCCGCAGCUAGCUUGAACAGCUACUUCACCGUCACCUGUAACAGCACCUUCCAACCCCCACGACCAAUGAUUGGUGGCCCUUCGGGGUUAUCAGAGAUCAUUGACAUCUCCCUGGAGCGUGCUGAGAUGCGUGUUUACGGCCCCGUCAGCUACAACUGCUUCGCGUCGAACACCACAAUCAUGGACAACUACACCAGCGGCUUCAACUUGGUGGGUACGCCGUUCAUCCCCUCAACCAAACGCAACCGCUUCAUGGUCAUUGGCUGCAACACCAUGGGUAUCAUUGGUGGCUACCUGCACAGCAACCCAGACCUGUAUGUGGCCGGCUGCUACUCCUACUGCCAGGGCAUCAACAGCACGUCUAACGGUGCCCCGUGCACUGGGAAGGGCUGCUGCGAAACCACCAUCACCCCAAACCUCACCGACUUUGCGGCGCUCUUGAUCAUCAACCAGAGCAGUGUAUGGACAUUCAACCCAUGCUUCUACGCUAUGCUUGCAGAGGUUGGAUGGUACAGCUUCAGGCAGCAGGACCUUGUCGGGCGUCUUGGGUUCAUCAACGAGAGAGCCAAGAGAGGUGUCCCUGUUAUUGCUGACUGGACCAUCAGAAAUGGCUCCUGCCCAAAGGAUGGAGCAACGGCGCCAAUGGGUUAUGCAUGUGUCAGUUCAAACAGCUAUUGUGUGGGUGCAACCAAUGGCCCAGGCUACAUGUGCAACUGUUCUGAAGGAUAUGAGGGCAAUCCUUAUCUCCCCAGAGGCUGUCAAGACAUAGAUGAGUGCAAGCUGCAUAAGCAAAACUCCAAGUAUACAGAAUUAUACCCAUGCAGAAAUGGGGUAUGUCGCAACAUACCAGGAGGUUAUGUAUGCAAAUGCGGGAUAGGAAAAAAAUCAGAUAGCAAAAAUUCCGGAUGUCAACCUGUGCUAACCCAAGCUGAACAGGUGGUUAUAGGUAAGCAACAUACCCGAGGGUAUACUCUUUCUUUAUCCAAGGUGCAUUUACAUGCUUUUGAUGAGUUGAAGCAUCAUAAUCAUUCUGCAGGCCUCAGUGUUUCCUCAGUUGUGGUGAUAGCAUUGGCAUGCCUGUUGGCCAUGAAAUUUCAAAGAAGAAAGCACAGGAAGGAGAAGGACGAGUAUUUUAAACAAAAUGGAGGUCUGAAAUUAUAUGAUGAGAUGAGGUCAAGGCAAGUGGACACCUUUCAUAUACUUACAGAGAAAGAGGUAAAGAAAGCCACAGAAAACUACAGCAACGAUCGAGUUCUUGGUUGUGGGGGUCAUGGAAUGGUUUACAGAGGAACUUUAGGUGAUGGCAAAGAAGUUGCCAUAAAGAAGUCCAAAGUAAUCAACGACGACUGCAGAGAAGAAUUUGUAAAUGAGAUAAUAAUAUUGUCACAGAUUAACCAUAGGAACAUCGUGAGGUUACUUGGUUGCUGCUUGGAGGUAGACGUUCCAAUGUUGGUGUAUGAGUUCGUAUCCAAUGGUACCCUCUUUGAGUUCCUUCAUAGCAAUGAUCAUAAAUCAAUAAUCCCAUUGGAUCUUCGACUGAAGAUUGCUACACAAUCAGCAGAGGCCCUUGCUUACAUCCAUUCAUCAACUUCUCGCACAAUUCUGCAUGGGGAUGUCAAAUCACUCAAUAUACUUUUGGAUAAUGAAUACAAUGCAAAAGUUGCAGAUUUUGGAGCAUCGGCACUGAAGCCCAUAGACAAGGAUGAUUUCAUCAUGUUUAUCCAAGGAACUCUUGGGUACCUUGACCCUGAGUCUUUUGUCAGUCAUCACCUUACUGACAGAAGCGAUGUCUACAGUUUUGGGGUUGUUCUUCUAGAGCUACUAACAAGAAAGAAGGCUAUAUUCAUUGAUAAUCUUAAUGAACAGAAAGCGCUAUCGCAUGCCUUCCUCAUGACGUUUCACCAGAAGAAGCUCCGCGAUAUAUUGGAUGAUGAUAUAAUAGAAGAUGAAGUUACGGUGGUGCUCGAGAAACUAGCUGAACUCGUCAUGCAUUGUUUGAACCCAAGAGGAGAUGAGAGGCCAACAAUGAAGGAAGUAGCAGAGCGUUUGCAAAUGUUGAGGAGAAUCCAGAUGCAGCAAGUCACCACACCAAAUCCUAUGAGGACGCAAUACCCUGAUGGAGAAUCAUCAAUGUCUAUAGCUUCUGACGAAAUGAAAUACCAGAGCACCAACACAGCCAAAUUGGUCCUAGAUGUAGAUCGUGCAAGAUGACUACUGUAUGUAUCUUCCUUGGCCUGCUGGGGUAACAGUGAAUGUACUUUCUUGUGAAACACUAGUCACAUCUUUCAUUAUCACUGUAUCUGUUUCUUUAUGUAUAAUGGUUAUCUCAUGAUUUCUAGGACAGCUCUGUAAUUAUGCUGCUGUGUGUACACAUAGUUCAUCAACAGUCAUGGAUUUUGUCUAUUUCUAGUACAAUUUCUUAGAAAUCUACCAGCUUCAAUUUUACUCACUGGUUCAUAUAAAAUAUUUAGUGCAUGUUGAGUGCAUACGUUUUAAGGCAUUUGGGCAUGAUUGGGUUGAUCUCCAGAAUAGUCUUGGCGUAUUACACACAUGCCCCGCAAAUUACUCUUUAGAAUUAAGAAAUUAUUAACCACCAGGCGAAAUCAUCUGCUCAUCUGCACCUAAGCCAGCUGCAAUAGACAAUGACAGCUGCUGGUCACCAGGCUGGAGCCCUAUAGCUGAGGCCAGCAGGAAAAGCACAUAGGUGAAGGUUGAAGCCCCGCUUUGCUCAUUGGUGAUGUUGAGCUGAAGGUUGGAUAUGCAGAACCCAGGAAAUGUAUUGUGGUCCAGAAAGCAUGAUAUCACUGAGCCCAAGGUGCUUUUAACCACCCGUAAGUGGACUUAGUUGAUGCGGCAUCAUAUAUCACGUACAGUUUUGGGUCGAGGACUGGGGCUGAAGAAGAUA